UUGAUGCGUUGUUAUCAGUUUUGCAGAUGAGUUAGUUUAGAGUGCAUGGUGUGUAAAAAUGUCGGACUAUUUAAAAAUAGAAAAAUCAAAGCGUGGUAAAAAAUUACUGAUUUGUGACGGAUACCAGUUUCAUUUGAAUCGAAGUGUCGACACUAAAUAUUACUGGCGUUGUGUGCAAUAUCAAGGUAAACAGUGUUCAAGUACUUUAAUAACCAAUUGCGAUGAUAUGAACAGCAAUGACCACCAUUCCGUAGUGAAAGAGAUGAGCGAGCAUUCACAUGCACCAAGUGCAGCAGCAAACGACUCAUUGGUACUGAAAAAUAAUUUGAAACGAGCGGCUACUGUGUCCAACGAAGCACCAACAAAACUUAUACAUAACAAUAUAGAAAGUCUACCUAGUACAAGUGCUUGCUGCCUACCGAAUAAAAAUGCUUUACGGCAAGUUGUUCAUCGUGCCAGGAAGACUAAUCUUCCCAAGGAACCAUCAUCAUUAGACGAGAUAGAUGUGCCAUCGGAUUAUAAAUCAGUAGAAGGCGAGUUAUUUUUGGCUAAAGAUAUUGAAUAUGGAAACAAUAAUCGUCUACUGUUAUUUUGCACCAAAGGAAAUCUCAAAAUUUUACGCUCAUCACGAAUAUGGAUUUUAGAUGGCACGUUCAGGACUUGUCCAAGUAUUUUCUCACAAAUUUAUUCGAUUCACGCCAUUGUAGGGAUGGACGCUGAAACCAAAAAGACAAUACCCGUUGUUUAUUGUUUCUUGACUGACAAAGCCGAGGAAAGCUAUAUGGUGUUAUUUCGAGAAUUAGUAUCUUAUGCUGCUGAGUUUGAGUAUGAGUUAAACCCGCAGCAUAUAAUCACAGAUUUCGAAAUAUCUAUGAUAAAUGUCAUUAGGAUUCAAUUCCCUGAGGCCAACCACAGUGGGUGUUUCUUCCACCUAGGUCAAAAUGUUUGGCGCCAGAUACAAAAAUCAGGACUGGUAUCUAGAUAUGGCAAUGAUAGUAAUUUCGCCCUCAAAUUACGCCACAUAGUUGCCUUGGCAUAUCUCCCACCAGACGAAAUACCCGGGGCUUUUGAAAUGCUAAAGACUGAGGUGUUGCCAGAAGAAGCUGAAUCUGUUGUUUUCUGGUUCGAACAAUACUAUGUGUUGGGAAAAGUGAAGACUCAACAAAACGGAACUACAAUUACUUUUACUAGAUCAAGCCCCUUAUUCCCCCCACAAUUAUGGUCUAUUCACCAGUUGAACGAACUUGGACUGCCUCGCACACAAAACAGCGUCGAGGCCUGGCAUCGGCGUUGGAACAGUCUUUUAGCCAACUGUCGACUUGGUGUCUAUGGCACUAUUAGCAUGUUGAGAAAAGAGCAAAUGGUAACAAACCAUGCAAUUGAAAAAGCUCAAGCUGCAGUCGAUAGAACGCCGCCUAGAAAGAAAGGAAAGAAAUUGUCGACUUCCAUAUCGAAAAUCUGCCAAAACCGCAGCAACAUGGAAGUGAUAACAUUUUUGCGAAGCUUAGCCAAUCAUAUUGAGCUGUAGUUACUUUUUCAAUACUGUUACUUUUCAAUAAAGUUAGUUUUUAAAAGAAAUCGAAUUCAAUUAUUCAUAAUUUUUUUCAUAGUUUCGUAUGGUCCUAUGGUCCGCAAGUUGAUGAAUGCAUACGAGUUUUUUAUGACACCUCAGAGUUGAGUUUUCUUGACCUAGGCAAUAGAUGGCGUUUGCGAUCCUUAAAAAAAUAGAUAACAUGUUGUUCUUAAUAUUAGAUGUAAACUUACUUAGAGGAAACAGAAUUCGAUUAAUCAAAAUUAGGUGAAAAGUUACAUAGGUGUGAAGUUACUUAGAGCAAACAAAAUUAUAUUAAUCAAAAUUCGAUGAAACGUUACAUAGGUAUAAAGUAACUUCGGUGCAAUAAAACUUCGUACAGUAGUGACAUAGAUGAAACGUGUUCGGUGAAUCAAAUAUCGUC